AUGUACAAUAAAACGGUAUGCUCUGAUAAUCAAGGAUACAGCUCUAAUAUACAUUCCAGUGAUAUAAACAAUGGACUAUCUUUAGAAGAAAGUCAGAGAAGCCCUUCCCAGUUUGAAACAAACUACCCCACUGAUUUGUCCACAAAUGUUUGCACUGACGCCGAAUGUGAAUAUUUUAAAGUCGGUGUAUUACGUAACCUAUCUGACGAAAUACUUCUAAAUCAACUACAAGCUAAACCUAUUCUUAGUAUAUCUCAGCAACCAAGUUUCUUAAUGAAGUCAUUUGAAAAUACGGUUAUACUAACACCUGAUGUAAGGCCUACUGACAGACGUUGUGUCUCCGAAAAUUUACUACAAACAAUGGGUCCAUUAUGGAAUGAAUAUGCAAAAGAAGUUGAUGAAGAAACUGACAUUCAAUUGGAUAGAAAUUUGCCUAUUCUUGAUGAAAAUGAUGAAAUCUUUACUAAUCUUAUCAAUACAAUCGCAAAAGAUUUCAAUGAGAUGAAAUUUACCAGUGAUAAUGAAAAUUUUAAAUUCUUUGAAAUACCAGUUCCUGAUGAGAUAGACAUGAAACCAACUUAUGAAACAGCUUGUCAACUAUUCAAUAAUAAUUCUAAAUCUGUACUUACGAACCUCAGUCAAUCAUUUUUAAUGGAUAAAUCAAAAUGGACUUUACCAAUUUUGAAGUUGCACACUGAUGAAGAUGAAACUAUGUUUCGAAGAACAAAAACACUGCCAAGUAGUAAACUGGAUGAAUUAUUUAUUCAUGAAGUAAAUAAAUACAAAAAACGAAGUGAAAAAGUUGAAAAUAUAUCAGUUGACAAUUUUAAUGAAAAAUAUGAGAAAACUUUAGCAGAAUUAAAAAAUGAAGAACAAAAAUUCAAUAAAUUAAAACAAAAGUUAAUAAUAUGUCAGUACAAGUCCAAUGAAGUGCCGUUGUGGAAUACAAGCAAUGAUAUGAUAGUUAAUAAUGACAGUAGUGACUAUGAGUUGUUAAACAAUUGUGAAGAAAAAAUCAAUUUACUCAAACUUAAUUUGAUGAAUUUAAUUAAUACUUCACCAGUUUGUAGUAUUUACAAGACUGGCAAAGAAAUGUGUGAUCAUAAGUUAAACAGUAUAAGAAAUACAAUUCAACAAAGAUUUCUUGUUGUAUGGAAUAAAUUAAAACUUACUGAAAAUGAAAAACAAUCUUGUUUAUUGAAAUUUUGUUGGCAACAUAUGAGUGAUACUAUUUAUAUGGCAAAUAUGAAUAAAGCAUUAAACUUAUUGGAAUAUGCAGCGAAAUAUAUUGAACGUCGUGAAAUGUUAUUACAUAAAUUAGCAAAAAUUGAAAUUGAACAUUUAAUUCAAUCAAAAAAUUAUAGUUUAAAUGAUAAUCAUUUGGAAUUGAAAUGUUCAGAUGAACGUUAUAAAGUUGAUAAGAAAUUUAACAAGUUGGAGAAAUUGAUUGUGUCUACUGCUAAACAACUGGAGAAGAAGUUUAAUUAUACUCUGACAUUCAACGGUCAAAUUUAUCUUAAAAAGAUGGUCCAUGAUCGAAGUGAUCUGAUUUAUUUACUGAGAGAAAAGUACAAAAGUAAACCAGGACAUGAUAGCGCAAUAUAG